AUGGGUGUUCGCCACGGCCCUCAGGAUGGACAUGUAGCCAUCCUGGCGGGUAUCCUAGGCGCUGCAUGCGUCAGCGCAGCACCAACUCUCCCUGCCAACUUGCCCCCGCCAACGCCCGUGUUCGUCUUUCUCCGGAGCGUAGAAGAGACUGCCAGUUCAACAAGCUCGACAGCAGCAGCAGCGACGACAUCCGCAAAGCAAGGCAGCGAGGAUGAUACUGACAGUACAAUGAGCAGGGUGCGAAUGUUCGUCCAAGUCAUGAUCCCGGUCGUCAUCGUUGUCACUAUCUGCUGGUUUCUGCCCCCCAUGAGACGCCAUAGGAGGAGGAUACAGGGCCCAAGACACCCCAGCGCGGUGCCCAACAACACCGGCGACUCGUUCCCAACCCACUUGGCAUACAGCGCUCGACCAGGCGGCUUCCAGCCCAAUCCACCCGCGCCCAGCGGCCAACAGGUUCAGCAGGCUGGCGUCCAUCGCACACCCUCGACACGCUCGCUUCCAGUCUACCAACCUGCCGCGGGUCGCGAUGAGGUCGUGCUCGAGCGGACUGGACUCGUGGCCGGCGCGGCUGGCCUCGGUAUGACCGCGUCGCAGUCAACGCUCGCAGCGUCCACACCUCCCUCGCCCGUACUGGGUACCUCCGUCACUGCGGCAUCGUCCGAUGAAAUGCAUCACCCAUUGGAGGUGCAGCAGCACCCUCUGUCGGACGCAACGCCAGAGUCACCACCUCUGCCUCCACCCGGUUUCGCAGACGGCGCCUCGCAGUCAUCAGUGGAUGGCCUCCCGUCUGCUGCUGUGCCGACGGACCAGCCACCACCGUACGAGGUUACCGCACUGCCCAGUAGAUAG